AUGGAACCUAACCUGCGCCGAACAGAAAGAUCAACGGCAGGUAAAGUCCCGAAGAAGUUCGACGAUUUCGUUUACAAACUUCCACAAGCAAGUACAAUGUAUCGUACUCCGGUGAAGGAAGUUCCUGCGUUAUCACAUGAUGCUGCCAUUCCUGGGCCGUCUGAAGUGGGCGCAGCACAUGCAAGAGUGCACUCCGAGUCGGGUGAUAAUGCUAGAAGCAAAACCGGAAAUAUGAGCUGUAGGAGUAGACGAUCGAUAAGUAGCAGAAAGUCAGUCGUUAGUGAAACUGUUAGUCAGAUUAGAGCACUAGAAUUGGAAAACCAAUUAGAAAAGGAAGAGUUAGAAGCAUCUCUAAGAGUAGAUCAGAUUAGAGCUCAACAAAAACUAGAGGAGCUAAAGAUACAGAAAGAUUUAGAGAUGCAACUAGAAAAGAAAAAGUCUGAGUUUCAACGUAGGCGCAUUGAAAGGGAGAUUCAGAUUAACGAACUGAAAUCUGUUUCGAGAAGUUCCAUUCAUAGUAGCCCUGAUCGUCGUGUCCGGAGUUGGGUUGAAGACAUUCCUGACGGUCAUGAACAACCUAACCCACCACCUCGUUUUGAUCCCCCCGUUGACCGCGGCUCUGGACAAACCGAAGUUGUUACGCAAGCACUGAAAGCGUUGCAGUAUCGUGCUGUGAGAGAUUUGCCUCAGUUCAACGGAAACUUGAUGGAAUGGCCCAUUUUCGAGAACGAAUUCAACAUAUCCACCGUUGAAUUUGCUUUAUCUAGUCAAGACAACCUGAGAAGGCUGAAUAAAGCGCUUCACGGCAAGGCCAGACAGUGCGUUGAGGCUCUCCUUACCUCCGCUGAAAAUGUGAAUCAGAUUAUGAAACUGUUAAAAACGAAUUUUGGACGUACAGAAUGGAUUGUGUCGAAUAGGCUGGACAUGCUUAGAAACCUGGAAACAGUUAGAGAGGGAAAUAUUGAAUCAUUUAGGACAUUUUUCAACGCUGUUACUGGUACUGCUGUGGCUCUGAAAAAUGUUAACGCUGAAAUGUAUUUGAUGAAUCCCGAAUUAAUUGCUCAUCUAGCAGACAAGCUGCCAACAUUUAGCAAGCAGAUGUGGAUUCGUCACAAAGCCAGUUUGACGAGAGAAAAUAGGACGAUAACUUUCGACAUUUUUUCUGGUUGGUUGGAGGAUGAGUUGGACAACCAACUAGCCAGUGUCAAUCCUACCUUCCUUAGUCGUCGUCAGGCACCCGUCCAAAGAGUAAGACCGCCUGUGUUCCAGGUCAGCAACACUGCAGCCGAUAGCCGAUCUCAAUGUCCUCUAUGCUCAUCUGAAGAACAUCCUGGUUUGAAGCAAUGUGAGAAGUUUUUGAAAAUGUCUAUUGAGCAGCGUAGAUCGACGGUAAGAGGAUGUAAAGCGUGCUAUCUAUGCCUUGAAGUGGAUCAUUCGCGACGGAAUUGUAAAUCGAACAAGACCUGCUCGAUAUGCAAGAAAAACCAUCAUCAGCUCGUUCAUCCUGGUAAUGAUUCGAAGCAACCUGUCCUAACUGUAGGUGGAACAUGCAAUACGAUUGUGGGUUGUAACACAAUACUUCGAGUAGGAAAGGUGCGCAUCCGUAGUAAAACUAAAACUGAAGAAGUUUUUGCACUUUUCGACGAAGGAUCAUCGCUGACCAUGUUAGAUUCUUCGAUCGCUAAGGAAAUGGAUUUGCAGGGUACAGUUUCUCCAAUUUCGUACCGUUGGACCAACGGAAUCACGCAUACAGACGACACAUCGAUGAUCAUUUCUCUGCAAAUAUCUGGACCUUCUGAUCAGGCAGUCUGGCACAAGAUGAAUAACGUUAGGACGAUCAAGAACAUGAAGCUUUCGCAAAUGAAUUUCGACUUAGCUCAGAUUCGUCAGUUGUAUCCUCUGUUAGACGAAGAAAAGCUGAAAGUUAUCGAAAAUGCAACUCCUCGUAUGCUGAUCGGUUCAAAUAAUGCUGGUUUAAUUGUUCCUCUGAAAACCAUCCAGUAUUCGAUUCGAGGAUUACAGCUCACUCGAUGUCAUUUGGGUUGGACAGUCCAUGGAGAAAUUCAACCUGUUGCAGAAUGCAUUGAGAUUCCUCAUGUUUUACUAUGUUCGAUUGAAGACAUGGAGUUGACUGAUUUAAUAAAAACUAUGUACGCUGUUGAUAAUUUUGGGAUGACAACUCAGUCACCUAAAAUGGCUGAAGAGGAUACGAGAGCAGUAGAUAUUAUGAACCGUACCAUCAAGUGCAUCGGCGAUCGUUAUGAGGUAGGUCAGCUGUACAAGUUCAAUCACUUCACGUUUCCUGACAGCAAACCACAGGCGUUGCGUCGUUUGAAAGUGAUGGAAAAAAAGAUGGAUGCAGAUCCCGAAUUUGCAGAUCAAUAUUGCAACAAAAUCGAAGACUAUCUACAAAAAGGCUACGCGCGUAAACUGACCGGUCCUGAAUUGCUCGAAACACCUAACACCUGGUAUUUGCCACACUUUAGCGUUUGCAGUGCUAAAAAGUUCCGAUUGGUCAUGGAUGCAAAAGCAAAGUCAAACGGUUUCUCUUUAAAUGACUUGCUUCUUAAAGGUCCUGAUUUGGUUCCUCCACUUAUUGCGGUCCUGAUGCGUGGCAGAAGAAACAAGAUUGCAUUUAUGGCUGAUAUUCAGGAAAUGUUUCAUCAGGUGCGCAUUCGACCUGAGGAUCAGAACUCGCAAAGGUUCUUUUGGCGAGGAAUGGAACGCAAGAAGGCCCCUGAUGUGUACGUCAUGCAAGCGAUGAUUUUUGGUGCUGUAUCUUCGCCUUGUAUAGCGCAGUACAUUAAAAAUUUUAAUGCAAAUAGACUUGAUGAAGCACUACCAGGAGUGCGAGAGGCGGCUUUGUGUCAGCAUUAUGUGGACGACUAUUUUGAUUGUCGCGAUACCGAAGGUGAGGCCAUCCAAUUGAUAAACAACGUCAUCGAGGCACAUCGACAAGGUGGUUUUAAACUUGUGAAAUUCGUUUCCAACUCCGUAGCUGUGAUGAAGUCCAUCGAUUCCUCUUUGAAAGCUGCUGAUGAGAAAGAGUGCCGAGUGCUCGGUCUGAAGUGGGACCUCCGAAGUGAUGAAUUUGUGUUCCCGUUAAAGUUCUCGAACUUGCCAACCUCAAAAGUCAUCACUAAACGACAGCUGCUCAAGUUCAUGAUGAGUAUUUUCGAUCCUCUAGGUGUCCUUGGUCCGAUAACCAUUCAUCUGAAGAUCCUUUUCCAAGAUUUAUGGCGCCUGCAAAUCGAUUGGGACGAUGAUAUUCCAGAUGGUCUUAUGACAAAUUGGAAUGGAUGGCUAGAGCAAAUAGGCAUCGACUAUUUUGGGCCACUGACUGUGAAAGUUGGGCGACGUACAGAAAAGCGUUGGGUCGCACUUUUCACCUGCCUUUCGAGUCGAGCUUUACAUCUGGAAGUGGUACCUUCGUUGGAUACAAGUAGUUGUUUGAUGGCUAUAAGAUGUUUCAUGUCGAUUCGGGGAAUUCCUCAAAAAAUUCUAACCGAUAAUGGAACGAACUUUGUAGGAGCGGACCGUGAGACGAAAAAGCUGCUGCAGGAGUUGGAUCUGCAACAGAUUGCGGAUACGCUGAGUGUGAGAGGAGUACAAUGGGCGUUCAUCCCACCCGGAGCGCCGCAUUUUGGUGGAUGUUGGGAGCGACUUGUCCGCUCUGUAAAAACAGCGCUUCGAUCCAUGUUGAAGGAUAGGCAUCCCUCGGACCUGGUGUUGCGUACAGCUCUUUGUGAAGUUAUGAACGUUGUUAACAAUAGGCCGUUGACACAUGUUCCUGAAGAUCCGCAAGAUCCUGAACCGAUCACACCUAAUAUGAUAUUACUUGGUAGAAACAAUCAUAUGCAAUACGAUCAUGAUUUCGACGAACGGGACCUAAAUUGUCGAGCUGCGUACAAACAUGCUCAAAUAUACGCUGACAGGUUCUGGCGCAAGUGGGUGUCUUCGUACCGACCUGAGCUGCUGAAACGCCACAAGUGGCAAGACAACCGUAACCGGCACGAAUACGCUGUAGGUGAUCUUGUAAUGAUUGUCGACGAGAACAUGCAUCGCGGGUGCUGGCCUAGAGGUAUCAUCGAUAAGGUAAUGCGAGGAACCGACGGUAAUGUCCGAACAGUAUCAGUACGAACUGCGUUUUCAUCAUACGUAAGACCAGUUACAAAAAUAAUCGUAUUACAACCCAGAGCGUCUGGUGCCCCGGAGGAUGUUGCCGACAACGAGAUUUGA